ACUGUGUCUGCCAUUUUCAAUUUUCAGAGUCUGUUGACCGUAAUCUUGCUGCUUUGUGUGUGUACCUGCACUUACAUCUGACGCUUGGCACCCAGCCUCCUGGACAGAAAUGAAGCUGGGUUGUUGGGUAUACUUUGGAAGUGUGCCAGAAUUGGUGAACGUGCGAGCGCUUACAUUGCGGUGUGCUGUGGUGUGGCAGCCUUCAGCACCCUCUUCAUACAGUAGCUUGGAAAAAUGCCAGAAUUCAGUUGCCAUCAGAUUUAAAUAUGAGAAAAAAAGACUUAUCUGCAGAAAAUAAUGGAAAGAAUGGUUAACCCUUUUAUCUCUGAACAUUGAAUGAGAUAAAUUUCUAGCUGCUGUUCUGUAUUUUUGUUGUUGCACCAAUGUUCCAUAUAAAUAAUUAGGAUGUCACCAUUUAAUACUCAGAGUUUAAAUGUCUGUAACAAUCAACCUCAGUACUGUCACUACAAUAUUACCUUCUGCAUAUGUCAUUCUCUG